ACCUGCAUUGCUUCUUCGCCUCCUCCGUGGGAUCUCGUAUAUGGCGCACUUGUUGUGUUCAAUUCUCUCAUGGUUGGAUUGUGACGAUCGUUGUUUCGUUUACCGGAUGACUGAGUUUCGGUUCUGUUUUCUAGGUCUUUCAUGGAAGGGUCGUGGUCUUUGGAAGGUAUUUCUUCAGCUAUGGAGAGUUGAAAUGCCCUCAGGCUUCCUCUAGGUUUUCGUCUGAGUUGCGAGGAGAAGGGAGAAAUCGGUACGUCCUUCGAAUUGAGGCAUUAGUUCUUUCCUUUCGAUUAGUUUCCACAAUUCUGCAGCAAUGUCGUUCUCUUUCUUCAAGCAGUUGAAGCCCAAGACGCCCGCAGAGCUGGUGCGGCAGGUGAAGGAUUCUCUGUCGUCGCUUGAUACGAAGACGAUGGGCGACACACGACUCCUGGAGAAAUCACUGGAGGAGGUCGAUAAGAGUAUUAAGGUGAUGAAGGAUCUGCUUUUGGGGGACACCGAUACAGAGCCCAAUGCCGAGGUUGUUGCGGAGGUCAUCCAGGAAGCGUGCAAAAUUGAUGUCCUGGAGCUUAUCGUGCAGAAGAUCCCAACACUGGAUUGGGAAGCGCGCAAGGAUUGCGUGCACAUUUGGUGCGCGGUGCUGAGAAUUAAAGUUGGAGCUGUGCAAUACGGACUUGAGUAUCUUGAAAGUCAUACUGAGCUCCUGGAUUACCUAGUUCUGUGCUACGAAAAUAAGGAAGUGGCUCUAAAUUGUGGCACCAUGCUGCGGGAGUGCGCCAGGUAUCCGACGUUGGCGAAGUACAUGCUGGAGUCUGUGAGCUUUGAGAUGUUUUUCAAGUUUGUAGAGACACCUAACUUCGAUGUUGCAUCAGAUGCCUUCGCUACAUUUAAGGAGCUUCUCACUAGGCACAACUCAGUGGUGGUGGCAUAUUUGACUUCGCGCUAUGCAUCUUUCUUCGCGAAUUUCGACAAACUUCUCCGAUCCACGAAUUAUGUUACGCGACGGCAAUCUCUUAAGCUUCUAAGCGACAUUUUGUUGGAGCGCUCAAACUCCGCAAUCAUGAUGCUGUACAUCUCGGACGUGCGAAACCUGCGAGUGAUGAUGACUUUAAUAUCUGAUCCCAGUAAAAACAUCCAGGCGUCUGCGUUUCACGUGUUUAAAGUGUUCGUCGCAAACCCUCAGAAACCACCUCAGAUAAUCAAUAUACUCGCCAAGAAUCGUGAGAGGCUGCUUAGGUUUUUGGACAACUUCCAUAUUGACAAAGAGGAUGAGCAGUUUGACGAAGAAAAAGAGCUUCUCGUGAAGGAGAUCGAAGGAUUACCAUCAUUGACGUCUUGAAAUCGUUAACGUCUAAGCAUGUAACCAGCAGUCGUAGAAAAUCUCUCCAGAGACUUAGGGUUUAGUGCAUCACUCUAAGUCUCUGCCUGCUGAAUUUGUAUUCAUCUCGUUAAUCUCGAAGGGAGUGCAAGCCAUGGAGGUGCCUGCCAUUGAUUUUUGUCGUCACAGCCCAUUUACCAAAACUAUGGAUGCUCAGAUCUUCUUGGGGUUGAUAACGCAUUGGCCGAUAUGAACAAUUCAAAAGCGCCAGAAACAAUUUCAUGCCUUGGCAUUGUUGGGCACAAAGAUUUUACCAGGUGCGAAGCGAAGAAGAUCUAGUAGUUUUGAAGUGAGGAAGUUGGUUGAUUCACAGGCGGCUUACAGGCUUGGAGGCGGUAAUCAUCUCUUUAUUUUGGUUACUCGAGUGUCCUCCAAGAACAUAGUAGUGUGUGUACUUGGGCAUGUUUUGUGCGCAUCGUCAUUAUGACGGCGAAAAAUAGCAUGCCUUUUGGUUCCAUUUCUCCUACGGCAUGCAUUUUGUAAAGGAGGUAGUGACGCAGCUACAUUUUUAUCAUGCGUUAGUACUACUUUUACCUCACGGGAUUGCUCGGUGUACUGAGUUGUGUUUUGAGGAUUUUUAUUGAACUGUGUAGAAUACAAAUUCAGGGGCCUAGUUUGUUAGCAGUCCUGCAAGCCGGAACUUCAUGGUUCACGACACCUAAUUCAGCAAUACUAUGACUUUCAAUUUUUAUUUUAUUU